UUCCUCUCAUUCAUCCCUCCUAAGCGUGGCUGAAGGACACGGCGCUCUGCUCGUACUCAGCGGAGGAGCCCGAUCAGACAUGGGGCGGUAGAUCCCGUCCUCUCUCUUCGAGGAUUUGAAAGUCACCCCUGGAAGGAUGCUCGGACGGAGCGCUCCCACGUCUCCUCGGGAAGCCAGGAGGGCAUGAAGGACUCGGACUGAGGGAGUAAGACAGGAUACCUCCGUUUCUGGACAUUGUGUGUAAUAUUGACAUUCAAGCUUGAAGGAUUCCUCAACUGGGUGAAUGCUUGAGUCAAAGUUCACCGGAGCUCAAGGAGACAGGGGCUGGACCGCGCUUGUAUUUGAUUGGAUAAGAACAUGACCCGUCCCAAGGAAAGAACACCAAAAAUUCAAUACAGGGUUCACCCGAUCGGGAUCUUCAACAGGGCUCCGUUUCAGUUUUUUUGAAGUUGUCACCUCUUCUUGCCUUAGAUUCAUUUUCCUUCCGGCUAAUCAACUCGAGACGACCGUUGCGCUGUUCCGUCGCCCUGGGUGAGCGGGCAGGGGGGUGGCCCACGGUACCCCCCACCAUCUGGGCGCCACCGGGCCGCCGGCAAGGCCUGCGCUGGCAAGAUGGCCGCCCUUGCCAGCUCCCUUAUUCGGCAGCGUCGGGAGGUCAAGGACCCCCAGACCAACCGUCAGAUCGCCAGCAAGCGAAAGCCGUGCCCGAAAAGCAACAAGUCGCUCUGCCAGAAGCAAAUCCUCAUUUUGAUAUCCAAGGUUCGAUUAUGCGGCAGUCGAGGGAGGAAAAUGGAAAAAAGACCAGAGCCUCAGCUGAAGGGUAUCGUCUCACGUCUCUACUGUCGACACGGGUUCUACCUGCAAAUGUUGCCGGACGGCACCAUGGAAGGCACAAAGGACGAAAGCAGCUCCUUCUUGCAGUUCAACUUGAUUCCUGUGGGCCUCCGCAUCGUGGCCAUCCAGAGUACCAAGACGGGGCUUUACGUGGCCAUGAACAGCGAGGGCUAUCUCUACACUUCGGAACACUUCACGCCAGAGUGCAAGUUCAAAGAGUGCGUGUUCGAGAACUACUACGUCACCUACUCGUCCAUCCUCUAUAGACAGACGCAGUCGGGCCGGGCCUGGUACAUCGGCAUCAACCGGGACGGGCAGGUGAUGAAGGGAAACCGGGUCAAGAAGACAAAGGGAGCUGCACAUUUUCUACCCAAACUCAUUGAAGUGGCCAUGUACAGGGAGCCAUCCCUGCACGACGUCGCUGAGCAGAGUCCCCCUAGGAAAACACCCAAGACCUCCAGUGACUCGCCCGUCCACCAGAACGGCAAGAAAGAGCCUCAAAGCAAAACCAAAACCUCGUCAUCCUAGCGCUGUGAUACAAGGGGGCGGGACUUGAACAGGGUCGCCAGGUCCUGCGACACGGAUCCCACCCCCGAGACUCAACAGGGUCCCAGUCCUAACUUCUGUACGACUACAAUUUGGGAAGCAAUAACGCCAACUUGAGGUGUGGCCUUCUUGCCAUUUGCGCCGACAUUUUUUAGUUUAAAGUCGGUCCAGCCGCCGAGCAAAAAGUCUUCCUGGCAUUUACCGUAAUGCCAUUUUGAGUCGAUCGGUUCUUCAGCCACCGGCUAUAUCAACGUCUUCCACGCAAUUUAUUCAGGAGGCUUGUGUGUGCGCCUGUUAUUCUGUGAUGUCAUCUUUCUCCCUUGGUUUCAAGACUCCAUCUUUGUUCAGGGUUGCCAGAUUGUGAUAAAAAAUGUACGCAUACGAUUAAUUUGCAAAAGAACGUGGGAAACUUUCUGAAUGACAGCAAGGAUGGCACUUAUCGUGGUUCAUGAUGCCACUGAAAAAAAGUGCUGGAUUACGUAUACUCAAUUUCAAGCAAAAAAAUUCCCCUAAUGUAAUUUUCAGCAAAAACUAGGUACAACAGAAAUAUGCCUUUUCUUCUUUUUCUUCUUCUGAAGUCAAAUUUAUAUAACCUCCCCAAUUAAGUGUGCUGCCAUCUAGUGUUCGACAUUGGAAUUACACCCAAAAUUAGCAGUUGUCAAAGCGUACUAAAACGAACAAACUUGACCAAAAAAAUGGUUCUCAUUGUUGCUCUUCAUGCAAAUCUAAGCUCCUUUUUGCAGCGGGGCCGAGAACAAAAAGUAGUAUUAGCCAUGUGGCAAAAUGGAUUUUGCCAUGUGGCAUUUUUUUGCCUUGUGUCAAAAUGACUUUUGCCAUGCGGCUUUUUUUUGCCGCGUGUCAAAAUGAUUUUUGCCAUGCGACUUUUUUUU